AUGCACGCGGUCCUGAAAACCAAAGGCCGCUCACAGACCGCCGAGGUGAAGAAGCUCAGACUCAAGGUUGCCAAAAGCUACAUGGCCCUGCUUGCCACCAAGCUCCGGUUCUGGUGCACGUGCUGUACCGAAGAAACUCAAAAGGCAGUUGUCAAUGUUGACAUCCGCCAGGAGCAGCCAGGCAGCAAAACCUAUGUGGUGUUCGACCCGGUGAACUUCAAGACCAAGUGGAGGACGGAUCCGGCUGACAGCGCCAAAGACCCAGGAAAAGUCCCGCUGGAUAAGUUGUACAGAGCUUAUCUCAGGCACUGGCGCCCAGUGCUCGUAAGGUCCUUAGGCGUACUACACGCGAAACACCACAAAACGUGGAGUUCCGCAGACGGAGAAGGGGGUCAUUUGGCUCUCACGCUCUUCCCCGGGUAUUGGUCUGAAAGCCGUCGCUCGGCUUUCGUGCGUCAGACCUUUCAGGCCGAGGUUGGUGCAUCGGAUCGCCAAGUCCGCAAGGCCUUUGCCAAGCAUGUCUCUGAUGAUGACCUGCACAAAGCUUCCGUGGCGCCCGGCGUGUGGUACCAGCAGCUGCACCACACAGAGUCGAUACACAAGAAAAUGUAUCGGCGAGGGCUUCGGAACCAGUGCAACGACAUGCAGCUCAAACUGCUCGACUGGUAA